UAAAUUUUUCAAUGAGCCGCCAUAUUAAGAAGCCAAACCCCUCUUUCUUUCAUUCGCUGGAGUAAAGAGCGAAAUUACUUCUGCGGUAGUUUUAUUGGCGUCGCUGGCGUGCUCGUGCUACAAGUCAACUCCUUCGGUCUUUUCGUUGCUUCUACGUGGGAUAAAUAAGUCUGAAAUGGCGAGCGCAGCUGCAACUCCCAGCAGCCAGAGAAGCACACGCGGCGGCAGUAGCAGCGGCACCCCGCUCAGCCCGACGAGGAUCACCAGGCUGCAGGAGAAGCAUCAGCUCCGGGACCUCAAUGACCGCUUGGCUGUUUAUAUCGACAAAGUCCGCAGCCUCGAAUCUGAAAAUGACGUGCUCCACCUGCAAAUUAGUGAGAGGGAAGAGGUUCGUAGCCGGGAGCUCAGCGGGCUGAGAGCGCUGUACGAGACGGAGCUAGCCGAUACCAGGCGGUCUCUGGAUGACUCUUCCAAGGACCGGGCCUGGCUGCAGAUCGAGCUUGGGAAGAUCAAGGCCGACCAUGAGCAGCUGCUUCAGAACUUUGACAGGAAGGACUCUGAGGCAGCAGCAGCUCAGGCCAAGCUGAGGGACUUGGAGGCACAGAUGAACUCUAAAGAUGCCAUGCUCAACACAGCGCUGUCUGAGAAGAGGGGCCUGGAGGCCAGGCUGGCUGACCUGGAGCUGCAGCUUAAGGAGCUGGACGUGGGUCUCGCUCAGACGAGGAAACAACUUGCAGAUGAGAUGCUUACGCGUGUCGACUUGGAAAACCGCUGCCAGAGUCUGACUGAGGAGAUGGCCUUCCGCAACAACAUGCACAAAGAGGAGGUGAAGGAGGCCAGGCAACGUUAUGAGAGCCGCCUGGUGGAAGUGGACUCGGGACGGAAGGAAGAGUAUGAAUGUAAACUGACACAGGCUCUGACUGACAUGAGAGCACAGAAUGAGGAGCAGAUCCAAUGCUACAAGGAAAACAUGGAGAGCACGUAUGCAACCAAGCUGGAGGAACUGCACAGAAUGUCAGAGAUGAACGGUGUUUCAGCGAACAUCGCCCGUGAAGAGCUGCGCGAGUCUUCAGUGAGAAUUGAGAGUCUGACUGCGCAGCUGACUGGACUUCAGAAGGAGACUCGUGGGUGGCGUGAUCGUAUCAUGGAGCUGGAGACCGCUUUGACUCAGGAGAAGGACAUGAGUCGCAGGCUGUUGGCAGAAAAAGAUCGUGAGGUUGCUGAGAUACAGGAGAAGAUGCAGAGACAGCUGGACGAGUAUGAAUCACUGCUGGAUGUGAAACUGGCUCUGGACAUGGAGAUCAAUGCGUAUCGCAAACUUCUGGAGGGAGAAGAGGAUAGGCUGAAGCUGUCUCCUACUCCGUCUUCUCGUGUCACCGUGUCCCGAGCCUCUUCCAGCAGCCGCAGUGUGCGUACCUCGCGAGGGAAGAGGAAGCGUGUGGACGUGGAGGAACAGGAAGCCAGCAGCUCUGUGUCAAUCGCUCACUCAGCCUCUGCGACAGGACCCAUCGUUGUGGACGAAAUCGACACGGAUGGCAAAUUCAUCAGCCUCCAAAACACUGGCGAUGAAGAACAGGCCAUGGUGGGCUUUGAGUUGACCAAGAAAAUCGGAAACUCCACAGCUUCCUACAAGUUUACACCCAAGUAUGUCUUAAAGGCCGGCCAGAAAGUCACGAUCUGGACCUCUGAUGCUGGCGUGAGCUCGAAGCCUCCAACAGACCUGGUGUGGAAGAACCAAACCUCUUGGGGUUCAGGAGCAGAUGUCCAUGUGGCGCUAAGCAACGCUCAGGGAGAAGAAGUUGCGAUGAGAACCACCACAUACAAGAUGGCAAUAGAAGAGCAAGACGAGGAUGUUGUGGAGGAGAUUGAGGAAGAAAUGCUGCAGCAGGGAGGCAACACUGCUCACAAUAGGAGCUGUGCCAUCAUGUGAGCUGACCGAACCAGUCUCCCCUACACUGAGCCCAUUCUGUUACACAGCUGCCAACUCUAACGCUAGAUUAUUUUUCUAUCUUUUGUAGUGUAUUUCAAAAGUGUCUGGAUUUUAUUUGUUCUCACAAACCUGUUUUGAAGGAAAUAAAUUGCUCAAUGUUUUGUUUUAUAUUUAAAGUUGUUUUAAUCAUUUUGAUGCAACUUACAGGCCUUACUUUUGUCACUGGAAGUGAAGCCGAGACAGUCAAAGGUCUGCCAGUGUUACUUAAGUGGAGGCAGGCUGAUUAUCACACAGCUGGCAUUCUGGUUAUAAGGAAUGUGGAAACCAAAUCCAAAUAUGGCAAUGUCAAUUUUCCAAUGUUCAAACAAAAUCCAGCAAGAUAGCCUAGUUAGCCUUUAGUCUUAGAUGUUAUGUUGGCACCUCUCACCCACUGCCACGUUUCACAGAGGGAAAAAAAACUGGAUUGACUGAAAGCUUGGAAGUGCACUAUUGAUGCUCUAACAAGAGCUGCCAGAAUGAAGCAAACUUGAGGUUCAAAUAAUCUAAAAGAGAGUGGUCUUUAAUGGCAGUCAUUUCUUGGGUUCUAAAGAACUAGUUUGGUCUCCUUUCAUAUUCACUGCCUCUAAAAUACCAAGCAUCUUUUCUUGGACUUGACAGUCUUCACGGCAGGAGGAUUCAAAUUCAGUCCGUUUUGCUACGAAACCUAAUGAGCACAAUCCCAAAUUGAGAAUGUUUAAGUUGCAGAUUUAAAUUAUAAGCUUUGCACCAUCAAGGUGUUGAUUGUAUUAACUUGAUGUUUGAAGUGUUCUGUGUCUCACAUUGCAUGCUGUGUUUGUGAUGUUCCGAGAUGAGUUAAUAAAUGUUUUUCUUUUACUGAA